CGGUAUUUUAAAUAACACAUGCAGGUUUACGUGUCUUCACAUUUUUCUCUUUAGUUCUAUAUUUGCGAAGCCAAGUUGACAGACUAUAGCUAUCGACAACGAUAUAUAUAUAUAUAUGGUAUCCUGUGUUUAUCAAUUUGGUUUCAUUGCCAUUGUCUUUCAUGUCCUUACAACUACAGCACAAUCAAUGAUGCUGAAUAUUCAUAUCUACGUUUAUCAAACGCACACACGCACGUAUGCAUGUAGGUGUGCGCAUACAUAUAAUAUAUACACACAUAUAUUUCAUCUGUGUGUAUAAUAACGAUAACAUUAUCGCGGAAUCCUGCUUUAAAUAACAUCAACGCGAGAUAUAAACUAACAAUAAGAGUACUUUGUGUCAUCUAUGAACGUGUAAUACUCUAAUGCGCAUUGUUGCUUCGUUAAUCGAUCGAUUUUACAAUAUUACGAAUCGAUUAGUGAUGGAAAGAUAGGAAAAUUUGAAAAUUGCGUAUUCGAUGGAAUUGGAUCGCAAUUGAUCCGUUUAACUCGAUAAUCGUCCGAGGCAUACAAGAUUUACAUAAGUGGGAGCUUCUUACGUUCGUUGAAAAAAUCAAGAAAUUCCCGGAGAAAUUUGUACAAGAGAAAAAUGUUGAAAUGGAACAGAACGAGGAUCACAUGAGCGAUACCAGUUCCUGGGAUACAGAUUUCGAAGACGAGAUACCGGAAGACAAUACUGCUUUUACCGAUACGAGAAACAUCAAUGUUAAUCAAAUAAAUUCGAAUUACGAAAACGAUCGUACUAUUUCGAAGAAGAUGAAAAACGUAAACGCGAACGCGCAAAUAGACGAUAAUACGAAAAGACAAGACGAGGAGACCACUUACGUGAAUUUCGAAUCGACCUUAGACGCGGGAAAAGUUUACGUUAAUUAUCAAGAUAAUUUGACGAAUCUACCGCAAAAAAAUUUGUCGAGGUUGCAUGGAACGAUAGAGAAAACUUUGGCCGAACAAUUGAAGGAACAAUUGCAAUUGAGAAAUUCGAAGAAACCGAUGCUCAAAUCAAAACCGGAAAUAUUAAUAUCCAAGAGGAUACCACAGGUUGCUACGGUUUGCAAACAACCGCAAAAAUCAUUUUUACACGAUGAAUCUAAGACGAAGACGAGACCUCCGAACGAUGUACAAAAAAGAAUGGCUGUUCCACCUCCACCGGCACCUAAGAAAAACGCCGAUCAAAGCUCUCAAAGGAUAGGAAAGAACGACAAAGACGCGUCGAAGCCGUCCAUUUCGAUUAGAAAUUUGGAUCUCAUUGCGAAUUUACCGACUCGACAGGAUAAAAGCGAGGACGAAUACGAAAAGUUCGACAAGCAAAUCAUAGAACAAAAUCAAAAGUCGAUUAUCUCGAAAAUCGACAGCAAACAGUCGUUGAACAGCGGUUCCCAAAGUUCCGUAGAGAGCGUUUAUCAACCAUCUAGUACGACCAGUUGCGAGGACGAGGAAGAGCCAUAUGAGAUUUAUGAAUCCAUUACGGAAACGCCUGAAGAUGACGAUAAUUAUUUAAGCCCCAUUAAAAAAUCAUCGAACAGUGGAGAUCCUCUACCGCCGCCGUUACCCGUUAAACUGCCCACCACACUGCCUUUAACGUUUCAUCGAACAAAAUCAAACAAUGCAAAUGAGCGUUCACCGGAAAAAAAAUCGGCGACGCUACCACAUUCUGGUAGUAGUACUUCGUUAUUAACCGAGAGAGCUACGAGACCAUUACCACCACCGCCAGAUCGAUUGUCUUACGUUGAGAAGCCUUGGUUUCACAAUGUUACGCGAGAACAAGCCAUAAUACUCAUUACAGAACAAGGUACUUACGGUAAUUCACAAGAUGAUGGAUAUUUUCUUUUGAGACCUUCCACAACAAACGUAAACAGUCCGUUAGCUUUGGUGCUAUGGUGCAGAGAUAGAGUUUACAAUAUUCCGGUUAGAAAGAGAUCUGACAAUAGAUAUGCUUUGGGAUCCGUGAAAGUAAACGAAACAUCGUUCUCUAGCGUCGAAGAAAUUGUAACGUGUUAUAUGAAAGAAGAAUUGGUCCUCUAUACGGGCGGUGUACAAACGGGAAGUACGAAAUUAACCGGCACACCAUUGAAAUGAAUAAUAACCAAAUGUGUCAUAAGGUGUGAAAUUGUUCUCCUCGAGAAAUUUAUACAAAUUGUGUAUUUGUCUGAAUCACAUGUAAUUAUAAUAAGUACACUGCCGAAUAAUGGAACGCAUGCCGUGCCAUCGUUAACCUAAGGAUACUUAACAAAUUUUAUCUUUUUAAGAUAUAUAUGAUUCUAAAGUGCCUCUAUUACAUAGAAAGAGAUACAUGUGUAUUAUGUAGACUCUAGUUUGUUGUACGUAUUAUAUAUGUAAAACUGAUUGCACGUUGCAUUUAGUGUGUGUGUGCGUGUGCGUGUGCGUGUGCAUGUUCAUGUGCAUAUAUAUAUAUAUAUAUAUAUAUAUAUAUACACACACACACACGCACACAAACAUAUAUAUAUUUUAUGAAUCUUUUUACAUAUCGUUAAGUGUUACCUCUUAGUAUUAUCAUGUGUGCCUUUGAUGAUACGACAUAUCGAUUAAACCAAAUAAGAUAUGUAUGUUUACAUGCGAUUUACAAUUGUAUCUUAUAAAUUGAUAUUCUUAUUAAGAAAUGCGAUAGAAUCGUGAUAGUAUUUAAUAUUUUCGGAGAUAUACAAGACAAAAAUCUAUUCGUAUAGGUUAAGUCAAAACGUAACGAAUAUUUAGAUCUGGAUAUUGCAUAUUUGUACAAUCGUAUAAAAUAUAAUUCUCUAGUAUAUUUUGAUAUAUAUAUAUAUAUAUAUAUAUAUAUAUAUAUAUAUAUAUAUAUAUAGAUAGAUAGAUAUCUCAAAAAAAUGGAAUAAUGAAGUUUUCUUUAGGUCUACUCUCUUUUUUUUACUUUAAUCUACGUAUAUCGACGAACGCGAUAAUGGUUGAAAAUUAUUAUAUACAGGCGUAUAUAAGUAAUAUUAAUUUUUGUAAAUUAAUGAUCGUCGAAUAAUUCGUUUCGUAUUUAUCUAGUUAUAUUCCCAGAAUUGAUUGAUAAUGAUAUCAGUAUUAGAGUAAUACAUUGAUAACUGAAUCGAUUCGAUUCUUGUAACGUGUAGAUAGAUCGUAACAAUAAGGUAAAAGAUACAUUUAUGAGUAUAUCCUUUAAGAGCCAACGAAAAGAAGCGAUUGUACAAAUUUUGAUAUCUCCUAUGUGAUAACCACCUGUGCCGUACUUAUAAUCAAAAAUAUUACGUAGUCUGAUUUUUGUAUCAAAGAAAACCCUGCUCAACGACACCAUCGACUUUUUGCAUCAUUUCAUUUAUCGAUAAGAUCGUUGCAACACAUCGACGUAUUGCCGUAAGUGUAUUACUUACGUCUUGUAUAUUAUUAUAAUGAUUUUUAAAAGAUCCUUUCGAAAACAUGUUCACGUAUUUUCACGUUUAAUCUCUAUAAGAAUAUCCUAUUGAAAUAAUUGUCUUCAAUAUAAUGUGAUUAUUAAUCUUUUGAAAAUAGAAAAAGGUCAUGUAUCUCUGGUCGAUUAUAUCGGUACGAUCGAACAAAUAAAUAAUAGUUUACGAUUAUAUCGAAUCUGAAACGAGAAUCUUAAUCGCGAAUAGAGUCGAUUGUAAUAGCAAUAUGGCUACGUUUCCACGUUCUUGUUUCAUAUCGUUGUCAAUAUUUUAAUCGCUGUCACCAUUCAUUUCUUUUAUAAAAGCAUACUCUUUGAACAUAUUUUAAUAAAUCCAUUCGAUUCCACUUUUAAUUAAACCUAUAAGAUACGCUUUAAAAGUUCUUUUUCUUUUCUCUUUAAUGGUCACGCUCGAAAGAAUAUAACCUCUACAAUAUCUAUACAUCGUAAAGAUAAAUAAGUAUGCAAAGUUGAAAAAAGUAGGAGAAACUAGGAAUAGAUACGUCGUAAAAGAUAUGUUAAGGUUUGAACAAAGAACUCUCGCAAGGCACAACUUUGAUAAUAAAGAUAUCUUUAUUAACUCUAACGCGAUAUAGUAAUAAAUAAAUUGUUACGAAAUA